AACAAUAAAUUAGUGAUGCCGACACAAUUAGUAAUCUAAUUAAUACAUUAUUUUGUAAACAAUAAACUUGCUAUAGUUAUAUAUAUAUGUAUUUAUAUAUAUAUAUAUAUAUAUAUAUCAUCAGCAGCAGGCAUUGAUACUUUAAAUACACGUUGACAGCUGAGUCGGCACGAAAACAAGCAUUUUGUAUUAGAAAGAGGAAGGAAGUCGAUCAGGUGGAGACGUCGCAGCAAGGCAAUGAAAUAAUUUAUACUUAAAGAAGUGAUUGUAGUCGUUUUCUUUUUUUUUUGCUUUUUUUUGACGUCGCAAUUGCGUCGCCAGCUGCAUCAACACAUUAACACCAGACUAAUAGGGAACAUAAAAAAUUCAACGUCUACCAUUGAGAUAGGAAAAGAGCGGGUAGCUGUUUGCGGAGGGGUAGCAGGCGCUACACCAAACUGCGGGCGUAAUGAUGAACGAAGACAGUACAAGUCCAUCGACGUCGACCAGUGGCGGGGGAGGCGUUAAAAAGUUCUUUCUGCGAUUAUCACAGACCUACCAAUCGUCACUUGAUCGCUCCACGCCGCACACAUAUAUGCGAUGGAUGUUUGCUGCAUUCGUGUUGCUGUUAUUUUUGUUGCGAAUAUUUAUUUAUGAGGGCUGGUAUAUUGUGUGUUAUGCCCUUGGCAUCUAUCACUUGAAUCUGUUUAUUGCCUUUUUGACGCCAAAAAUUGACCCAGAAUUUGAUCCAUAUGCGCAAGAUGAUGAAGACGAUGGACCGAAUUUACCAACGCAUAGCAAUGAGGAGUUUCGACCAUUUAUACGGCGACUACCUGAGUUUAAGUUCUGGUUGUCGGUGACGAAAAGCACAUUAAUUGGUCUGUUUUGCACAUUCUUUGACUUUUUCAAUGUGCCUGUCUUCUGGCCAAUAUUAGUGAUGUAUUUUAUUACGCUCUUCUGCAUAACAAUGAAGCGGCAAAUUAAGCAUAUGAUCAAGUACAAGUACUUACCAUUCACUCGGAAUAAACCACGAUAUCAGCGUGUCAACGAGGCUGCGGGUGGUGGUCCCAACGUUGGAGUCAACUCAAAGUGACAAUUAGCCGCACAGACGCCGGACACACAAGCGACAACAUCGGUAACAGCAGGUGCAACAGCAACAGCAUCAGCAGUAACAACAUCAAAUACUGACAACUUAGCCUCAACGGUAGCAGCAAGUUCAUCGGCUGCGGGGACGUCAGCGGUUACUGCUAAACCACCGCAAAUCAUAGCAAUUGAGGAAUAUUAGAAAGUUAUAUCGAAAACUAAGUAAAAACUCAAACAAAUUCAUGUAAAACAGACAUUUGCAAUAAUUUCGGGUUCCAUCAUUGUAUUUCAACAUAGCAUGCUAUUUUGUUUAUGAGGGCUUCAUUUAGUUUUUGAUUUAUUGAUUUUUUACGUUGUCGUGCGGCGUUUUGUGCAAAACAUUGUUUAUUGUUUAUAUGAUUUCUUUAUUAUUUUAAUAUUAAUUUAUAUGCAAUUUUUUGUUCCGAAAACAACAGUUCAAUAUUCUAGCUAACGAUAACAAUUUAAAUUUAUGUAUUGUACUACCUUUAAAUUUUUCAAAUCCAAAAAGUAGAUUUACGGAAUCAUAACCCUUUUUUGAUUAUAUACCUUGGCUAGAUAUGUAUUUUUGUUUUACAUAUAUUGUUAGCGUUAACUAUACAAAAUGUUAGAAUAUAUAACGAACUAAAGAGGGUUUGAACUGGGUGCAUCAUAUGAAUAAAAUAAAAACGAAACUAAAA